AUGACCAUUAAAAGUCUCUUUUUUUGGCUACUGGAGCAUAUUUACCAUUACAAUAUUUUCAUACCCGAUGAAAAUGAUUACGAUGAUGAUGAUAAUGACGAUGCAGCGAAAGAUCCUGCAAUCAUCCUUAAACAUCAAUUAUAUUCCACUCGAUUGUACAUUCCUCUACUUAUCACAAUCUUGUAUAUUCUGAUUUUAAUUGCUGUGAUCAGUCCACAAGAUCGAUCGAUUACAGUCUCGAACAUUACUCCAACACUUUUCAAUCAGCUCUCUCUCGAACAUGCGGACACACUGUCUUGUCCAUGCUCAAAUAUUGCUAUGCCAUACAAAGCAUUUGUAUCGCAUAUAAUCUACUUUCAUCCGGUGUGUUCGAGUGUAUAUGUGAGCAAAGAAUGGAUACAAGCACUUUAUCUCACCUAUGCCAGUUCGUUGUUGGUGAAUGAUUUUCGAACAACUGCUAAAUCUCAAGUAAGUCAGCAUUAUUGA